AUGGUGGUGGUGUACCUGCUGGGGCUCAGCUGGUUCUGCUCCCCACUGGGAGCGCUGGUUCUGGACUUCAACAACAUCAAGAACUCUGCUGAUGUGCAAGGGACUCGGAAGGGCUCACAGUGUUUGUCUGACAAGGACUGCAAUACCAGGAAAUUCUGCCUCAAGCCCCAAGAUGAGAAACCCUUCUGUACUACCUGUCGUGGAUUACGGAGGAGGUGUCAACGUAAUGCCAUGUGCUGCCCAGGGACACUCUGUAUAAAUGAUGUUUGUACUACAAUGGACGAUGCAGCCCCAAUAUUGGAAAGACAAGCUGAUGACCAAGAUGACAUGGAUACAAAAGGAACAACUGAGCAUCCAGUUCAGGAGAACAAACCCAAGAGAAAGCCAAAUACUAAGAAGUCACAGGGCAGCAAGGGACAAGAGGGAGAAAGCUGUCUUAGAACUUUUGACUGUGGACCUGGACUUUGCUGUGCUCGUCAUUUUUGGACUAAAAUUUGUAAACCAGUCCUAUUGGAGGGACAGGUCUGCUCUAGGAGAGGUCAUAAAGAUGCCGCUCAAGCGCCAGAAAUUUUCCAGCGUUGUGACUGUGGUCCUGGACUAUUAUGCCGAAAUCAAGUUACUGGCAAUCGACAACACGCACGGCUAAGAGUAUGCCAAAAAAUCUAA